GAAUAAAUUACACUUGCUUCUUUGAUAAGCAGGUCGUGUGCCAUUGUACUGUCACUUGUUAUGGAAACUUAGUUUUUUUCUGUGCGUGUAUUUUCUGGCGUCUCGCAGUGAACCAGAGGAAGCCGUGAGCGUCCACAGUAUAUCCGGGACCUGUUGCGCGUCCCCCGGUGUGUGUCCAUGGAUCUUUACGGAGCGUCUGUGAUGACCGUCUGCUCGUCACGGUGUUGAAAUCUUGGAUGCCAGAAAGAAAAUGGCAUUUAACUGAGACGCAAAGUCAACAAGAAAGUGCUCAACCAAGCAAAUCUAUGAUGGAGAUCAUGGAUACUCAGCGUGCCUUGGAAGCUGUGGAGCGACUUCAAGCCAAACUGAAAGAGCGAGGGGAGGUCCCCGCUCAGGAGAAACUCAGCCUGCUGAAGACGGUUCUACGGAGCCCCCUCUUUCUUCACAUUCUCACCUUACAGAAGGCUCAGCGGAAGCCCCCAGCCAAGGGGAAGGGUCUCUCCAAGUCGGUGUCCAUGAACUGUGGCAAGUGGCAGGGUGUGGCAAUGGACGCCAAGACGCUCAGCCACAGCGACUCCUACACUUGGGCCAUCGAGAACCAAAGAUCCAACAGGUCACUCCACAGGGACGGAAGCGUUUCCUCCCUGGACUCGCAGGAUUUGUCCUUCUCAGAUAACUGCAUUCACACCGAAUCGCAGUACUGCACACCACCUCGAAUAUCUAGAACCAUGUCUAUGGGGAGGAAUCUGGCAGCAAUUGCGCAUGAGAGGCGUCACCUGGAGAUCAUCGAACUGACCAAUGAUGGGAAGGGUCUUGGCUUUGGCAUCAUCGGAGGACGGAGCACAGGAGUGAUGGUCAAGACCAUACUUCCUGGAGGAGCAGCUGGACAGGAUAAACGUCUUCGCAGCGGGGAUCAAAUCUUGCGCAUCGGAGACACCGAUCUGGCUGGCAUGAACAGCGAGCAGGUGGCACAGGUGCUACGAAAUGCUGGUAGCAAGGUCAAGCUACUCAUCGCCAGGGAUAUCAGCAAGGACAACUUUUCCUCUCCUGUCCUCAGUCAGGAGUCCUUGGACGGCGAGCUCUUUGACUUGAACGAUGACUACGAGUUCAGUGUGCAGUUCACUAAAAACAGCCGGGGGCUGGGAUUCACCAUCUCCAGCUAUAUAGGCGACCUCAACUCAAUAUACAGUGCUGGUGUUACAGUAAAGAGCAUUUUGAAGGGCAGCAGUGUCGACCAAGAUGGGCAAAUUCACAUUGGAGAUAUCAUCCUGUCUGUGGAUGGGGUGAGCCUCCAGGGCUGCAGUGAGCAGCGUGCAAUGGAGGUGCUGAGACGGACGGGUCCCGUGGUCAGACUGAGACUCCUGAGAAAGGCCGUCCGCUUGAGUCACAUUUUGCCCCCGGUCCCUCCGCUCCAGCCUCUCCGACACUCCCACAGCUUCCACGAGGGCAAUCCCUACAAAGUGGGACUAAACAAGAUUCAUGAGACAGGAAUAUGCUCAUUGCGUGAAAUCUCCCGGCGUGCAGCAUACGCCGACAGACGACGCCGACAUGAUUCAAGAAACGGUGUAAAACUGACACCGGCAGAGGAAGAAGACCUAAGGAUGAGGUGGCAACGAGCAGUUGGACCAAGAUAUGAAGUCAUCGUUUGUCAGCUGCAGCGCUUCAGUGAGACUAGCGGCCUAGGCAUCAGUCUGGAGGCUCGGGCUGGACAUCAUUACCUGUGCUCCGUUGUACCCGAGGGCCCGAUUGGGCAAAGUGGCAAGAUCUUCCUUGGCGACCAGAUACUAGAGGUGAACGGCAUCCCGCUCAUUGGAGAGACACACAAAGAGGUGGUCAACAUCCUCAAGGAGCUGCCCAUGUGUGUUUACCUGGUGUGUUCUCGCAUCGGCGCCCCUGCCAUCCCUGACAGCGAUGAAGAAGAAGAGGACGAUAGCCAACUCACCCUGAAAGAGCUGCUGGCUGAGUUCAAUGACAAGUUGGACCAGGGCUGCGUUAUUCCUUGUCCGACGGCCGAGGACAUCACAAAGCGCGGGGUGCCCCCGAUGUCACCUCCUCUGGCCAUGUGGGAGAGAGAGGCGCAGGUGGUAGAGCUGGAGAAAGGGGAGUCGGGAUUGGGCUUCAGCAUCCUGGACUACCAGGAUCCGGAGGAUGCUACUAAAACAGUGCUGGUAAUCCGCUCCUUGGUGCCGGGCGGUGUCGCUGACCGAGAUGGCCGCCUGCUCCCCGGAGAUCGCCUCAUGUUUGUUAAUGAGACCGACUUGGAAGGUUCCAGUCUGGAUUAUGCCGUGCAUGUACUGAAGUCCACCGGUUAUGGCCCCGUGCAUAUUGGUGUUGCCAAACCGCUGCCGUUGGAACUUUGCGGCGGCUUGACGCCCAUCUUGGAAAGGAGCACACGGUCAUUCUGCGAUGACAGCGAGAGCCACAGUCAAGUCACCCUGCUAGCUGAGGCGGCUGAGGCCGACACUUGCAACCUGGCGGAUAACAACGUCCAAACAUAUUACAACAACUCGGGAGUCCAGCCCCAUCUGUAUUUUGGCAUGAAGGAAGACAACGACAUGCAGCCCGCCCCUCCUCUACCUCCGCGCACCAGCUUUGAAAAGACAAUCACAGUUGUCCGGGGCAACCGUAGCCUUGGGAUGUCGGUGAGUGCUAUCAAGGACGGCUCAGGCAUGCUGGUUCGCAGCGUGGCCCCCGGGGGCUCUGUCAGUCAAGACGGCAGACUCGGAGUGGGUGACGCAAUCUUGGCGAUCAACGGGGAAUCUACGUCCAACCUGACUAACGCCAUGGCCCGGUCGAUGCUGCGUAGACACUCCGUCAUUGGGCCGGAGCUCAGUAUAAAUUACGUGCCGGCUCAUCAGGUGGACGAGCACCGUACCCGACUGUGUUUGCCGCCGCUGGCCUCCAUUCUAGAAGAGCCACCUUCCUCCCCCACACCACCAGAACAAUGGUUGGCCCGAUCCCCUGUCCAAUGUAAAACCCCAGGUCCAGAUGUGACCACAAGCAAAACAAGGUUCCUAUUAGAAGACACCGCCGUAGUCCCUAGAGUGAUUCCAGAUCCAGAGUGGAGUCAUCAGCACCCAAAGUGUCUACCUCACAAAGACGGAGAAGAAGAAGCAGAGGGCAAAGGAAAAAGGGAGAAUGGCGUCGAUGAUGAAGUCAGAAAGGUGGCUGCGGAUGAAGAGGCAGAAGAGUCUCGUUCUCGCACUCCUGUGUUUUGGGAUCAAACAAGACGAGUGCAGCUUACCCGAGCGCCAGGCCAGUCCCUUGGUAUUAGCAUUAUGGGAGGGAAGGGCAUGGGUCAGAGGCUGAGUGGUGGCGAGAUGAUGAGGGGCAUCUUCAUCAAGCACAUCAGCGCUGAGAGCCCAGCAGCAGAUAAUAGCGCCAUCCAGGUUGGAGACAGGAUACUAGAGGUGAGCGGUGUGGACCUAAGUGAUGCCAGUCAUGAGCAGGCGGUGGAGGCUAUCCGUAGGGCAGGAGACUGUGUGGACCUGCUGGUUCAGUCCAGAGAGCAGGUAGCACAGUCCCUUUUGAUUACCAAUCAUGAAAAACCGACUCCAAUCUUGCCAUCCAACUCACACAGCAGUCAGGAAGUCCAGAAUCUUGCUGGUUUGUUCCUUAGUCUCCCCCCUAGAAACCCAUUCACCCCAACUCCAUUUAAGGUGCCUCAGCAGACUUCCAAUAGAGCGGGUCGGCCAAGCCCCGUGACUGUCAACACACCAAACAUUGCAGCCUCUGAUGAUCAUGAGAACACUGGCAGAAAAAAGAUGCUCCAGCGUUAUGGCAGCCUGUCAGGGAAGCUCCAUAUGAUUGAGUUGGAAAAGCACACAGCAGAACACGGUUUGGGAAUCCGACUCGCAGGCAAUAAGGAUGGCUCCAGGGCCCGCAUGAGCGUCUACGUGGCUCAUGUAGAUCCUCGAGGACCUGCCGGCUUGGAUGGGCGAAUACGGGUGGGGGAUGAGUUAUUGGAGAUCAACGGUCAGAUCUUGUAUGGACGUAGUCAUCAGAAUGCCUCCACCAUUAUUGAUAAUGCUCCUUCUAAAGUCAAGAUCAUUCUCAUCAGAAAUAAAAGUGAAAAUAGCUGCUCCACAAUGGAGAGUGAUGACACAUUAAGCAGCCAGGCUGACACGGAAAUUCAUAAAGGAAUCUUUACAGACGUCCACAAUGUUGCCCCACCACAGCUCUGUUUGCGGGACAGCAUGGGAAAGGUUGGGGACAGUGUCAAAGCAGUGAAUGACGAGCCUGGGACCAAACUGAAUGUGGAGAAGGCCACUGUCAAAGUGUCUGUCGGCUGCCCUGAGGCUACUUCAUCUACUUCCUCCUCCUUGUCAAAGCCUCAUCAAGUAGCAUCGGCCCUUCCGGACUGCACCACGGCCCUCGGUGCGAAGCGGACAAUUCCUACGGAGCCUUCUGAUUGGUGUGCGGCCACUUCAGCGUCUGACCCUCUUAACUGUCCCAUUGUGGCUGGCAAAGAAACCACCAUAGAGAUUUUUAAAGGAAACUUGGGCCUGGGUCUCAGCAUUGUUGGAGGAUGUGACACUCUGUUGGGGUCAGUAAUAAUCCACGAGGUGAAUGAUGGGGGAGCAGCGCAAAGAGAUGGAAGGUUGCAAGCCGGAGACCAGAUAUUCGAGGUCAACGGUAUCGACUUGAGACAGGCCACUCACGAUGAGGCCAUCGGUGUGCUGAGACUCACCACCCAACGUGUUGAGCUACGUGUUUUCAGGCACCAGCUUGCCUACAGGGAGGAGGACCUAUGGGAUGUCUUCAGUCUUGUCCUGAGGCCUCAUCCCGUUAAAGGACUGGGCUUCACCACUGUGGCUAAAAGUAAUGACACCGGCAUCUUUGUGUCAGAUAUCAUCAAAGGAGGCGUAACGGAUUUGGAUGGCAGGUUGUUGCUAGGUGACCAGAUUCUGUCAAUCAACGGGGAGGACGUCCGUGCAGAAUCACAAGAACUCGCCGAGAGGCUUUUGCAGAAUUGCUGUGGCGUGUUUCACCUGGAGGUGGCUCGUUUUAAAGCCGGACUGCAAUACCCAGAACGGAACCAGGAGUACUUUAAGUUGUGUUUUAUCCAGAGUGAAGACUCUGACUCUUCCACCCUGACACCCUCCAGUUCUUCUGUCAGCCAACAGAGGGAGACAGAACACAGAACAUCAUUUGAAGACUACCCUGCCCUCAGAAAAGUUGUUAUCAAAAAGGGUCCACGUGACUCCCUAGGCAUCACUUUAGCAGGAGGUGUGGGCAGUCCCCAUGGCAACGUACCUCUUUUUAUUGCAACCAUGGAUACCAGUGGAUCAGCUGCCAAAACACAGCAAUUAAAGCUAGGAGACAGGAUCCUCAGUAUAAAUGAUGUAUCCAUGGAGGGAAUGACUCACAUCCAGGCUGGGGCCUUGCUUAAGAAUGCCAUUGGCGCUGUCACCCUGCAGGUGGAAGCUGGACGCAGCCCUCAUGAUCCCAGGGGUGGACAUGAGCGACCAUCAGGCCAGACUGGUAGCUUGCCGUGCUUUCACACCAACCUCUGCACUCGGAUGUACAAAACCGUCAGUCUGGAUCGAGGGUCUUCAGGCUUGGGCUUCAGCAUCGUGGGAGGCUUUGGAAGCCCACAUGGAGACCUGCCCAUUUAUAUCAAAACUAUCUUUAACAAGGGAGCAGCCAUUGAGAAUGGAAGACUGAAACGAGGCGAUCAGAUCAUCGCGGUGAAUGGACACUGUCUGGAGGGGGUGACACACUCUGAAGCUGUGGACCUCCUCAAGAGGACCAAAGGAACUGUGGUUCUCACUGUUCUCUCGUGAGUGUGACCUGUCGUCUUUAAAAGUUCAUUAUUCAUGUAGAACAGCCUCACACACACUCGUAUAACUAUAGAUUCCAAUCUUGAAAAGGGAAGUCAGUUUGAUUACUCUGGAUGAACUACCUCAGCCUGAGUGUGUACUCCAAAGUCCCACAUUUUGUGGUAUAGUAUACAAUGAUGUCAUCAUUGGAUAAAUGCCCCAUUUUAUAUAUUAUAAAUGGUUUCUUCUGUGGGCGGUGAAAAAACAAAUUGCAUUUUCCUCUGAAAACAACACUGCAAGGAUCUUGAAAUUAAGAGCCCCCAUUCAUUUUGGAUGGUAUCCAACACACGCUGGUCAAACUCGAAUGUGAUUUCCCGAAAUCUGAAUUAUGCCAAGUGCGUUUGCCAAGAUUUUGUAUGGCAUUAAGGUGUAAGGACAGUUGUGUGAUUAGGAUAAAUAUGUUAUUUAUUAUUUCAUGACGAUAACGUCAUAUACACAGCUCGAAUGGUGUUUUAACGCUAAUUUUGUUUUGUUCACUUGUAUUGUGCAAUUGUGUAUUAUUUAGGAACCAUGCCCAUGAUGAGUAAUUGUUUUGUAAUUUCUCCAUUGAUAUUCUUAUUUUCUGUAAAUUGGCAAUUAAUGAGCGUCAUAGACACCCAGUAUUUGGAGUGCUACAACAAUGAAAUAUGCUAUGUUCUUAUUAAAUGAUCAUUUAUUAUGAAAUUACAUCAUCUGUUGCCCGCCUUUGUGUAGAGGGAAACAGCCUUUGUUUAGGAUUCUAAAUGGCAGCGUUGAAAAAUUGCUCAUCUUUUUUUUUCUUUUUUUCUUUGC